GUGGUUAUUGUCGCUGACUUGACAACAGCACGGCACGCGCUUUUGACACCCACAUAACGUUAAGAACACACACACACACAAAGACACACACAGCGUUACUUUGUCUCACUUUCAUUCAGAAACAUAUGUGUUGAAGGGUUUAGAUUUUAAAGGGUUCACUUUGAGCAUGGUGGGAAAGAUUAAACAUGUCCGCCAGAAGCUUCACCAAGAGGCGGUGCGCCCCGGCUCUGCGUUAGCAUUAGCAUCAUCGCUAACGGCGGUUUCCUCUCUGGAGCUCACGGCUGUUUCUGCCCACACAAGUGCUCCAAUACUCCGGCAACAACAGCACAACAACAGGAGAGACUCACAGGGACCGACGGAGAGCUGCUUCCCCUCAGGGAUCUUUGCCGGCACUAAGAUAACUCCGGAAGCUCUGCGACAAAGUCUCCAAUUUGAGGAAAAAGCUCCACAUGUUCCCGCUGACGCAGAGAAAGGUCCAGAAGAGAAGAAAGUGAAGACAAAGAAAGAGAAGAUAAAGGAGAGGAGAGACAGAUGGCUCAACAAGAUGAGCUCCAUCAAACAGUUGAAGGAGCAGCAGUUGGCGGCGGCGCGGCGCCAGCAUACACCCGUGGUCGGUGACAUGCGGCCGCUGGCCGAUGCGCUGCCAGAGCUCUGUCAGCUGAUCGCCCCUGCUGCCGCCGGCGACACCCCCUCUUCUCGCCGAAAGAGCAGGAAGAACAGAGUACCCGUGAAGAGACCGGAGCCAACAGAUUUCAGUCAGAUGAAGCAGUCACAGAAACGCAAACUCCUGUAAGCAGCU